GCCGGCACCACGCACUGGCCGCUCACAAACGCGCAAAACGAAAAAGAUCGAACUGUCAAAUCGUAAACACCAAAACUCCAUGCAAUAAAAAAGUAAAAAGAAGCAUAGACAACGUUAACUUUUAAUUUACCCCCGAAUAAAAGUGACAGAAGAAAUAUCGUUCGGAAUUUAUCUCGUUGCGGUAAGGAACCAAUUUGCACGUUUGUGGCUCUGACAAGGGUUGAUGAUGUUGUUUACAAAACGAAACUAGUUUGUGUCAAACAGACCUUUAUGAUGACGUGAAAACAAUUCGCUCUUAUUGGCUGCUCCCAGUGGGAGCGCGGAGGUGGCCGGGCCCGACGCGACGCUUGCCAAAAGAGUCCUGAAUAAUUCAGGGGGAUAUUUAAUCGUUUCGGCGAAGCUGAAACUGUGCGUGCAGUCCCGGGCGUAAUGACCGAAAGAUUGCGGGAAUUUAUCUAGUUCCCGAACUAUUUGAGUGGAAUACGAGUGGGUGUAUUACCAUUGUGCGGUCGCCGCAACUCUCUUUAUGGUCGCGGGGGUUUAGUUACAUUGACAUGUUUGUUAGAUUAUCAGGCGAAAGUGUUGUAAAAUUGUGAUUUUCCAGAAAAACUCUUGUUGUAAACUAAAACUUUUACUUUAAAUAAUAUAUAGAACGAAUAUCGAACGUACUGUUUCAUAAACGCUGACGUACAAUGACUGUAAAUGGUACCAUUUCGCUUUUCACAGUUAAAAAUAGACAGAACACGGUCUAGUCGAAAUUAAAAGAAGCAAAAUCGGUUGAAAGCGCUUCGAAGCCAAAUCUGAAUGAUGGAGUUAAAAGGAGCUAUUAAAAUCCUUGACAAUCGCAGACUGAGCGGCCGAUAUAGAAAGAUAAAGGAGUGAGAGAAGAGAUAAUUGGAUGGGACAAAUGAAUUAGUGUGAUAAGGACGGAGUGAGUAUGAGUGCAGUGGUGUGGCGGCUGGUGCUGGUGGCUCUGUCGGCCGGGCUGGUCUCCGGCACGGGAGAGUGGACCGAGGAUGCUGAAGACCUGGUGUCGACGGUGGACGUGGACGCGGUGCUGGGCCGCACGGCGGCGCUGCCGUGUGACGUCACGCCAGACACCAAGGAGGACCGAGUCUACAUGGUGCUCUGGUUCCGGAAGAGCGGCGGGAAACCUAUUUAUAGUUUCGACGUCCGCGGGCGGUCGUUCAACAAGGCUCUGCAGUGGUCCGACCCUGGAGCGUUUGGUCCGCGCGCGUACUUCGCUACCGUGGCGCGGCCGGCGUCGCUCACCCUCAACUCAGUCCAACUCGACGACGAGGGAACCUAUCGAUGUAGAGUUGACUUCAAAAACUCACCGACACGAAAUUUUCAGAUACGACUCACUGUCAUUGUACCACCACAUCAGAUGCUGCUAUACGACAAGUCUGGCGCCGACGUGUCUGGCGUGGUCGGCCCUUUAGAGGAAGGGGCCGGGCUGGUCCUCAUCUGUGAAGUCAGAGGCGGUCGCCCGGAGCCAGUAGUGACGUGGCACAUCAACAACGCUCCAGCGCCGCAGUACAUCGGGGUGAAGACCGACACCCACGUGGUGGUGAACCGGCUGGAGGUGGCGGCGGUGAAGAGGGAGGAUCUGAACACCACGUUCAAGUGUCGAGCUGCGAAUACGAACCUGGUGCCGCCGCAGGAGAAGACUGUGCGGCUUGAGAUGAACUUGGCCCCCCUCUCCGUGUCGCUGGUGUCGCGGCCGCAGCAGUUCGUGGCGGGCGCGGCGGCCACCCUGCGCUGCGUGGCCGACGGCAGUAGACCACCAGCCGUGAUCUCCUGGUUCAAGGACAGCAGACCUUUCGCUAAGGAAAAAGUGAGCGACCGUUCCAACGAGACGUGGUCGAUCAGUUCCCUCAUCCUGGCUCCGGCGCCGGCGGACCACGAGGCGGUGGUGAAGUGCGUGGCCACCAACCCGCGUCUGCCCGCGCGCGCCAUCGACGACCAGCUCACGCUCAAUGUCGUCUACGCCCCGAUAGUGACUCUGACUCUAGGCAGCACGUUGAACCCUCACGACAUCAAGGAAGGCGACGACGUGUAUUUCGAAUGCAUCGUGCGAGCCAACCCCCGGGAGCACCGGAUAUCGUGGUACCAUAAUGACAAACACGUGACCCAAAACAUGACCUCAGGCAUCAUAGUGAGCACCCGCUCUCUAGUACUACAGCGGGUGACGCGCGGGGAGGCGGGGGGGUACGCGUGCAAGGCGGCCAAUGCGCGCGGAGAGACGUCCAGCGACGUCGUGCGGCUGAGGGUGCAGUACGCGCCAGUAUGCGCGGGUGCAACCCCGCUAGUAGUGGGCACGGCGCUGGACGAGGCCCUGCGCGUGCGCUGCUCCGUGCUCGCCGACCCCGCCGACGUCACCUUCCUGUGGCAGUUCAACAACAGCGGCGAGAGUUUCGACGUAUCGCCGGCACGAUACGGAACAGUGAACGGCAGCGUGAGCGAGCUGCGCUACACGCCGGCCAGCGAGCGGGACUACGGCGCGCUCAGCUGCCGCGGGACCAACGCCGUGGGGCGGCAGGCCCAGCCCUGCGUCUUCCAGAUUGUUCCAGCCGCUCGUCCGUCCCCGCCGCGCAACUGCACGGUGUCAGCCGGGAACGACUCCAACUGGAUCGAGGAUGCCUACCCCCGGGAGGAGGUGGGAGACACGCUGGUGGUGCGCUGCGUGGUCGGCUACGACGGCGGCCUGCCUCAGCUGGUGGUGCUGGAGGCGCUGGACUCCAGGAGCGGUGUGGUCAAGUUUAACGUCACUGCUAAUGAAACUGAUGGAGUGGCUCAAUUUCUCGUACCAGCGAUGGCGUUGUGGUCCAGCGGUAGCACCCUGCGCCUGACGGUCCACUCGACCAAUGACAAGGGCUCAUCUGACAAGAUCACUCUGCACGCCCUGGCGUAUCAGGAUCCUGAACCAAGAACAGAUGGUGAGAGUGGCGUAGCAGGCAUCUCAAAGGCAGCGUUCUGGGCGAUUAUGCUGUCAGCUGUGACCAUCAUCUGCACGUCUAUAGGCGUAGUCCUAGUGCUGCGCAGGAGAAGAGCCCGGCCGCCUGCGAAGACGCAACCUCCAGAGUUGCAGCUGAAUGCUGGGGACAGCCAAUAUGUGGUCGCGUUUACACUGAAGCCACCGCGGCAUGCGCAGCCCGAUAUACUGAACCCACCACCAGAUGGAGAUCCGCUGGGAGCGUCAUGUCACGAGGGGUCAGUGGGGGGCGCGGCGCUGGACGCACCCGGCUGGGGCGGCAUGGACGCGCCCUCUGAGGCCUUAGCGCCCCACUCACUAGCUUUAGGAAUAGAGGAGCAGCGAGGUCUUUUAUCCCCCCCUCGACCGGCAGCCAGUAAGCAGCCGAUAGUGACAGGUACCUCCACGCUGGGCAGGCGGGGACACCUCAUAGCCGAAGAUAUACCUGGACCAGAGAGUUGUGUAUAGAACUAUAGAAAUGUAUAUUUAAUUGAAACCCCUUAGAACGUCUGGUGUUCAGGGAUAACUCUGAUUUAAUCUGUAUCUGUGCUUUGUUUGUUUAGUAAAAUGAAUCCUGCGUAUGGUAAUAAUAAACCUAAAUCAAUUGUGUAAUUAUAAUUUAAUAAAGAUAGGAGCGUCAGGUGAUCUUGCAUUAUAAUUAUGUACCUCAGAGGUAGACAAUAAUAUAAGUACUUUUACUUUUAUGAGAUUGCGUAAAUGAGCUUUGUCACAUAAGUGUAAAAAAAAGAUCUCUCAAAAAGUGGACAUAACUACCAUUACUGUCUGUGUUUAUCACUAAUAGAGAUAAUCAUAUUUAAAUAUUUAUUAUUAAAUUAACAGUUUUUAAUCAGAGUUAUUCCUAUUCUGCUCCAAAUGGUAGGAAAUUAGAUUUUUUGUAAAUAUUUUACUGACUGUGACAUUGUGAUAAAUCUUUACUGUAAAUAUAAAAAGACAAAAGAAGUCCAUUUCAAAAGGAAAUAAAAGGAAAAACAGAA